AUGUCGGAACUACUUGUUAUUACCUGUCCCGGCGGCAAACAAUGCGCCCACCUCAUCCCCUUGCUCUAUAACAAGGGCAGGUGGAAGCUCCGUCUUGCGGCCCACUCGAAAGCAUCCCAUGAAAAGCUCCAGUCACACUACCCUGACGCCGAGGUCGUUCAAACUGACCUCACUUCCCUGUACGAUUGUCAAGGUCUUCUUGCCGGAGCCACCACCGUCUACCACGUCGGCCCGUCCUUCCACUCCCGAGAGCGCGAGAUAGGGUACAACAUGAUCGACGCCGCGGUAGCCGAGACAAAGCGGCCCGGCAACGUGUUCAAGCACUUUGUCUUCUCGGGGGUGAUGGGGACGCAGAUCCGCAACCUGAUGCAGCACGAGAUCAAGUCCUUCGUCGAGGAGCGGCUGUACCUCAGCGUCGAGCUCAACUGGACAAUCCUGCAGCCGGCAAACUUCAUGAACUUCUUCCCCAUAGCUCUGCUGGUAGGCCAGGAGCAGCCGGUCCUUGACAAGCUGUGGAAUCCCGAGGCGGCGAAUAGUAUGAUUGCGUUGAGCGACUUGGCGGAAGCAGCUGCGAAGGUGCUGGACGAGGGCGAGCAGCACUAUUUUGCGCAGUACCAGCUGUCGUCUACUCUUCCCAUGUCUGAGACGGAGGUGGCCAAGAUCAUCGGGAAGCAUCUCGGGAAGGAGGUCCAGACCAGAGCUCCGGCAUUCGAAGAGGGGGUCGGCCGUGCGUUGCACUACCUGUUUGGUGGGCUGGCUGCGGAGGGUGACCCUCGCCCGGAUAUCACCAGGGAUGAGGCCGAGAGACUCAUACUGUUCUCUAAUCGCCGUGGAUUGAGGGGCAGUCCCAAUGUCCUGAGGUGGCUCUUAGGCAGGGAGCCAACAAGCAUUGACGAAUGGGUGAAGACAGAGCUGGAGGCGAUCAAAAAAGAAGCUUGA